CCCGAGGGAAGAGGAAGCUUUCUUCCGUGUCGAUAUUCACCGUGGGAAUCUGAUGUUUUCAGCUUUUGAAGCGGAGGUUUCUCCUUCGAGUCCCGCCAAAUAUCAUAUCUUUCAACCUUCAAACUCCAAGCUUCAACCUCACACUUCUGACUUUCAGCCUCUAAUCUUAAACCUUCAAUCUUUAACCUCUAAUCAAUCUCGAACAUUCAACCUCAUACUUCUGAUCUGCAAUAUCUUCAAUCCUGUCUUUUCGAUACAAAAAUCUCUACUACUUCCUCAGCUGCUGAGCUGAAGCAGCUGAUUUUAGCUCUUCAGCACGAAAAUACCACCAACUUGAAUGAACAUCAUUCUUCGGUCUCCUAUCUACUAUCUCAGCCUCAUAAUUUGCCCGGGUGACCUUUUCGAUUAUCAAUUUCUAACCUUUCUCUCCUCAGCUUCAUCCCGAACUUGAUUUAUACGGGUCCUCCCACAAUUAACGAUCUUAUCAUCAAUUUUUAUUCUCCGCAGUCAUUCUUCUAUACCAUCAAACACACAGGAAUAAUGGAUCAAACUCCGCCAGAUAGCAGUCCUGCGGUAGAGAUUGCAUUUCCAUCUAAUUUAGACCUCAUGCUGGGCUCAGAAUCUCAAUGGAAAUCAGCCAGCAUGUCUCCUGAGACACCAAAACUGAGGUCAAGAUUCAAUAGUACAGCUCAAACUCGCAUCAAAUCCGAAGAAGAUGAGUUGGAAGAAAUCGAUGCUGUCGUAUGGGCUUCCUCGCCAAGAUUUAAGUCUACCGAGAAAGGAUUAGGGCAAACGCAACUCAAGGCUGAAGAUAGUGAGCUGGAAGAAAUUGAUGCCACAGUUUGGUCUUCUUCGCGUGCAGGAUCUGCAGCACAAACGCCACGCAAGCGUCCGAGAUCACAUUCUGUGUCUGCGUCCGUGAUUAAAUUGGAAGGAGACGAUGUUCAACCAAAAGUCGAAUCUUCAGAAUUUCCAUCUUCAGACGAAAGACGGAGCCCUCCAAAGCGUAGAAAAUCUCUUUGGGGCAAGAGCAUUCCCUUUGAUAGGAGAAUGCCUCAUCACACAACUUUUCCUGAGUUUUCACAUGCUGCGGAGUUGAUGGACCAGACAAAAUCUUUUGGCACCCCAACACCAGAUGAUAAAGAUUCUAGUAACGGAGAAACAGGAUAUGAGUAUAGUUUGGAGAACAGUGAUUUCAGCGAUGUCGAAGACGAUGAGACUAUGCCUUCUGUCGCACCAGGUCCUCUUCCUUCCCAGAAGAGGAGAACCCGGGAGAAGUCCAUGAAGACUUCCGAAGAGUGGUUUGCUCGUUUCUACCGCAAAAAGGCUAAAUUUCAGAAGAGACAAAACCACAGAACAUUUGCAAAUGAUGGAGCAGCUUCAAAAAUUCACAAUUUUUUGAGCCACGACCCUAUUUCUGCCCACAAAGAGAAGCCUGCCGAAGAGCAAACCACUGACAUCGAAGCAUCUUCGAAAAGUGAUUACUUUGAUCAGGUUCUUAGGAAUAGUCGAACCGAUGGGCGCAUGCACAAGUGUAGAGGCGAUAAGACUGCACUGAAGAUUGCUGGCGAGAGCUUUGGCCGGGCAAAUGUGAGGUAUCGGAACGAGAAUACAUGGUCUUUGAAGGGAGUAAAGACAGGUAAAUAUUCCGACCAAUCUACCAUACUUUGCACGAUUUGACAUAUGUUUUUGCAGCUCUAUAUCAUCAUCAACUCCUCUGUGCUAGCUGGAUGUUGGGCCGGGAGUAUGAUCCGGACGGUUCAUCGGGAGGUUUCAACUGCGAUGUGAUGGGUCUUGGUAAAACAUUGGAGAUGCUUGCCGUAUGUAAUAAAACUUCGUAUUAUUAAUCUUUUACUGAUAUUUGGCAGACUAUUAUCGGUAACCCUCGUCCUGAAGGUGCAGAAACGUCAGGGAUAGGCCCCACUCUCAUCGUGGCUCCCUCCAGUAUUGUAAGUUCGAAUGCAGGAGGUUGUUCCGGAUACUAACGGUUAGAAGUCCGCACAAUGGGUCUCGGAGAUAGGCAAACAUCUUGCGGAUGGUCGCUUGAAUGUGAUUCUUUAUGCAAAAAGCCAGAAGCUUUCUAAGAACACACUCAUCAAAAGUGAUCUGGUUGUAACUUCUUAUGAUCAGAUGCGAAUGAGUUCGCCAUUUCCACCACCCUCGUGGCUCUUAAACAUAGCAACAAAGUUAAAGGCGAAAAAUUGCACAUUAGAUGAACGGCAGUCUAUCGAAGAUUGGAUCGAUAACAAUCGCGAACAGUAUGGUGAAGUUUUGCAUAAAAUUAAUUGGUAUCGAGUAAGUUCCUAAGUCUCCUCGUAUUACUGAAAGUCAUGCUGACAUGAUUAUUAGAUCGUUCUCGAUGAAGCUGUAUGUAAUGAUCACUAUGGUUCACGAGGCUUUCUGACAGAUAUAGCAUCACAUUAAGAAUCACGAAUCAAAAACUAGUUAUGCGGCGAGUGCUUUACUUGGGAAAUAUCGUUGGCUAAUGACAGGCGUAAGAGAUACCUCCAGACAAUAGUCACGCAUUGAAACUAACCUUCUGCAGACACCCAUGAUGAACAAACGAACAGGUCUAAUUCGCUUUCACAAAAGGCUCUUUAUGCUGCUGACCAUCGCUAGAACUUUAUUCAUACUUUCGCUUCUUAAAACACGCGAAGACAUCAUCUCUUGCAAUGUUCGUUGAAAUAUUCUUUCUUAAAUCAGUGUUAUCUAAUAAAUCUACAGAUUUAAAAGAAAGUAUUGCGAUCACAAUAGUGUAUGUUCCUUUACUCAAAGAACAUUAUUUGUGCUGACAUUACAUUCAUAGCCUGCCUGCAACAGCCGAUUAGACACACUAUUGUCUCGUCUAGUGAUUCGGUAAGUGUUAUUCCCUCGAAAACAUAUCCCUGGAUCCUGAAGAUAAUCUUUAAAAUGUGCGAUAAAUAGGAGAUCUAUGCAAGAUCAGAUUCUAGGGAAAGAACUAAUUACACUGCCUACCCCGCACAAGGAGAAUGCAACUGAAUCCUUUCGUGUGGCAACUCAGAAUUUGUAUCGCGCAGUUGAAUCGAAGUUCCGACUGAUCAUAGCCCAGCAGAAAUUUGAAGAGGAUGACCCCCGAAACAAGAUGAAGUAUCUUAUAGUAAUGAUUUUGCGACUACGACAGUGAGAUUUCCCCUGUUUUUGUUGAUUUUCGUUCGCUAACGUAGUAGGUUCACCGCGAGUCCCUUAGCCAUCGAGCCACAAAUAAAGGUAACUAAAUGACCAAUCCUAAUGAGGACUUUACUAACUUCUUAUAGGCUUUAUUCACAGCUGGGGAGCUUCAGAAUUUACGAAAAGAUAUGGAAGCGACGUGUCCUGCUUUAUAUGAUCGUAUGUGCCUCAGAAAGUUAAUGAUACCUAAUCUAAUCUGCACAUAGGGAUGGGUGUCUGGAUCAACAGCUUAAAUUCUGGUCACCGCGGACCUUUGAUUGGUAACGAGGUUCUCGAUGUACAUAUAUGUGAAAUUUGCAACCAAGAAGCAGAUGACCCCCGUCAAGUCCGCAAUUAUCGUAAGGGUCGUAAUGGCCAAAAGAGCUGUGAUCAUAUCUUCUGCGAAAGUUGUAUAGAGGUUAGCAUUAAUGCACAAGUUGCGAGGACCGAUGUGAGUACUAAAUGAGCACUUCAAUUGGAACUUCAACCUGCUGACAAUCUGUAGAAUAUUGAGUGUCCGGCCAAUGGCUGUGGCAGAAAAUUCAACCCCGAUCGCAUGCUAUCACUAGAUUCAUGGUCUACACGACCUGAGGAGGACUCGAGUAUGAAAAGGGGACGGGAUGCAUUGGAUUUUUCACCAAGACUGAGUGUCAGAUCUGAAUGGCUCGAGGAGUUCAACAAGGGAAAUGCUGAGCUCCCUCACACCCCAAAAGUGGAAGCUAUUAAACGAAAACUUCGAUCAUGGCGCCAAGAGGCACCUUCAGACAAGAUUGUGAUCUUUAUCCAGUGGAAAUUGAUGAUGAGACUCAUCGGGAUUAUGCUCGAGGAAGAAAAUUAUCAUUUCUUAUAUUAUACUGUGAGUCAAAAGCCGGCAUCUUCAAAACUAGGUUUGCUGAUAAGUUAAAAGGGUGAAAUGAAUGGUGAAGAUCGAUCUCAUGCUAUACGUGAAUUUGAGACAAACCCAAAGAUCACAAUACUUAUAAUUGGCCUCAAGGUUGGUGGAGUGGGCCUGAAUCUCGCAUUUGCCAAUCGCGCUAUUAUGGUGUAUGUUUAUUUCAUACUUAUGGUGCAGACCUGAUAAUGAAUGCUAACAUACAUAUAGUGAUCUCUGGUGGAAUGCUGCGACGGAAUCUCAAGCUAAUGGUAGAAUUUUUCGAAUUGGUCAAGAGAAAGAGACACAUUUCGCGAGAUUUAUGAUGAGAGAAUCAGUUGACAUUCGAUUGCUUCGUAGUAAGUUAACUACCAUGGGAUAUAUAAACAUCUAAGCUGAUAUUCUUCUUAGUGCAAAUUUUCAAAUCAAUUAUCAUUGAUGGAACACUCGAAGGUAAAACACAAUUAACUUACAAGGAAGCUCUCUCAUUCUUAGGUGAAGUUAAGUGGGGUAGGUUCUAAUCAUUCUUUUUUAUUUUCAAUCACCUUGUUGACUUUACUUGGCAGGCGAUAAUGGUAAAUUUAAGAUUAUUGAUGAUUAUAAAAAGCUCGAGGAAUGGCUUGACGACUGGUUGAACAAACAAAAGAAAGUUUAAUUUCCGUUUGGGACUCAGAGCAACCAACGUUGAUGAGGAACUUCCAGACCGUUGGUGUAGAGACAAUUCUUACUAUUGUCUGAUCGACCAUUGCUUUUCAGCUCUGCAAGACAUUCAUCAUAACUAUCUCCCCUCGUUUUCAUUCUCAGGAUGUCCUAGGGAUUCUCGUUGGAUUUCUUGGCGAGCAAACCGGAUGUCUCGAUCUCUCGCAAAUCGUCAGUUCAGUAUCAACCUUUGCAGCAUCGCAACAAAGACUUUUAUGUCCUCAGCAACAUUACCUAUCACUAUUUCUACGACUCUCAAAGACUUCACGCUGCAUAUCCAGUCGGCCUACAUGGACACAUAAAUUGCAUAUCUCUUUUCAUUAUCCGCAGAAAUCUAUCUGAAAUCAACAACAAGAUAACAACAAAUUCAAAAUCGGUAUCCUUCAAGUUCUUCCGAUCAAAAGUUUUUGCCCCUUUCUUUCAUCAAUAUUCACCUCGCGUAGCGAAUCCCCACUUUCAUCUCCAUUAUAUCCUCACCUCACAAUUUUUCGCUGUCAUUAUCAAUACUCGUUCGCCACUCCCUACUCAAAAGCAAUAUUGUCUUCAAGAUUCGUCAAUUCCUACUCAGAUUGCUUGCUGUCAUCCGACAUCCGCAUCCAUAGUUCCGCAUCUUGAUUUUCUGAGUUAGGAAAAAUGAAUGAAUGAAUGAAGGGACAAAUGG